AUGCGUGCUGCAUUGACGUUCACUCAAUCAAACCUGCCGCAGAAGCACCAAUUCAGCGGCAGCUCGAAGUGGAAACGAUGCGAAGAUACUUGGCGAGUUCCACUGCCAGGCUACACUGCCGCGCAGUGGCACCGCUUGGGGGACCUGCCGGCGGCCCGGAGCUCGCCCGGCGUGCUGGUCCUGCAGGGCUGGUUGCUCACCAUGGGCGGCCACUGGACUCCGGACACCGAGGCCUUAGCGGUGAAGCAGGCGGAUCGGGAAGGCAUGGAAAAGCAUCACGAGGCCACGGAGUUCAAGACCUACAACGAUGUCGUGGCACUUGAUCUGAAUACAGCAAGCAAGACGUGGAAAGUGCUGGAAGCAAAGGCUCCAUGGCCAGCCCGAGAUGAUGAGGCCGUAGGUGUGACCAGUGAGGGCACAAUUCUCAUCUUCGGAGGUGGCACAAUGUAUGGCGGUGGUGGCUACCAUCAGGAUGUUUGGCGGCUUGAGAGGGCCUCCCAGGUGUACAAAUUGACGAAGUCCAGUGAACAGGAACUUUGA